UUGAUUGAUCUCCACACACUCCCCGCUGACCAGAGAAAACACUCGAUAGCGAAUGCGAGAGGGGAUUUAAAUGUGACAAAUAUCGCCCUCGUUACUUGACGGGAAAGGUAUUAUCUUCUUUCUCGUGUGGUCCAAGAAAACACUCGCAGCAGCCGGUCGUCAUCAGAGGUAACUCGGUGGACGGAGAGACGCGUAGAAGCGGUCGAACAGGGAGGCUCCUGCCCGUUUCUCUCUCCAGCCCACCUUCAUCACGUCCAUCCCCCACCGCCCUCCACGGCCAUGGACCCCCCGAGGACCCGGUCGCGGUCUCGGUCCGGCUUCUAUCAUUUCGGCAUGAGCGGCAACGUUGGAAGCAACGGCAGCGCCAACGCGGUUGGCAACGGGGGCUUGAUGACCGCCAGCGGAGGAGGGGUGAGCUACGCACAGCAGAGCAACCCCGGCUGGGCGCCGCACCACGGUGGUCGCAGCUACCCGGAGAGUCAGCAACAGCAGCAGCAGCAGCAGCACACCCAGGGGAGCUACCUGUCCGCAGGGGCGCAGCGCCACCCAACCCACGGAGCUCACAGACACCCCGGGGCCGGAGGAGUGAUACAUUUUCAUCCAGAUAAUGUGUGCAGCGAGGAUCGGGACAAAAUGGAAGACAGCCCAAGUCCGAAAAGGCAGCGUCUUUCCCAGCAGGCCAUGUUGGAUCUAAACACCGCCCCUCCUUCAACUCCUUCCUCUCCCAUUCGCCCGUGGGAGUUGCCUCCCAGUCGCAGACCACACCCCCACUACAUGCCAGAGAGAUGCCACACGCCUGUUCGCAACCGACGCAGCCCUCCAAUGAGACGCCAGCGUGGCCGGAGAGACCGUCUGACCCGCCACCACCACCACCACGCCCACAACAACCACCACCAUUACAACAAUAACAACAACAACAACAACAACAACCAUCACCACCACCACCACCAUCAUCACCACCCCCCCCCCAACGCCCAUCAUCAUCAUCACCACCACCAUCUGCACUCCCACCACGGCCCAUCGCCAGGCCACCAGGAUGAGAACUACCGUCACCCCGCUCCCCCUCAGGGCUACCCACCUUUCAGCCAGCAACCUCCCCGUGGGCUGGGGCCCGGGCUUGAAGAGCGCCCAGGUCACCAUCCCCUAAAUCCCUCACCGAGGCCCCUCCACCAUUCACCAAACCUGUCUCCUAGGCUGCUGCACCCUGUGGCCCAUCCACAGCACCCACACCAACAUGCCCACCCAUCCCAGCAGAGCAGCAUGGUGCUGGACCUCCAUGAGCAGGGUUCAGCUCCACUAUCGUAUCCUGUGUCUCCUCCGGGAGCGCCACCAGGCCUGCCGCCUCGCUCCACUCCUCAGCAGAUCCCAGCAUGCUCAGUAGUUUUCAGUGGACAGCACUAUCCUGUGUGCAGUGUUCCUCCUGUCCUUCAGACUUGUUCUGUGCAGCACUUACCCAUGCCCUACCCGUUCCCAUCAUUGCUGUCCAGUGACCCAGCCUUCCUGCUUCCCCCUCCUCACCUUUCCCACCCCCCAGCACACCUUUCCCACCACCCAACUCACCUGCCACAGCCUGGACAGUUUGGACCCUAUCCGACGCAGCAGGCCCGAUCGCCGUUACAGAGGAUAGAGAAUGAUGUGGAGCUUCUUGGAGAACACCUGUCUUUGGGUGCUGGGCUCCAGUAUCCUCAUGCCACCCACCCUGCCCUCACACCACACUCCACCCAGCUUCACUUUCUCUCCCAUGAUCCCCUGCCACAAGAAUUCUUCGGAGUGUCCUAUCCAAACUUUAUUCCUCGGCGUCUCCCGGGGCGACGGUACCGAUCACAACAGCCACUGCCACCUUCGCCUUACCACCCCAGCCUCCUGCCUUACUUCCUUUCAAUGCUGCCAGUCCAGCCCACAGGACCUGCGAUCAGUCUAGAGCUGGAUGUUGACGAUGGAGAAGUGGAGAAUUAUGAGGCCCUCCUGAACCUCGCUGAACGUCUGGGAGAGGCCAAACUCCGAGGACUGACUAAGGGAGACAUCGAACAGCUUCCUUCCUAUCGGUUCAAUCCAAAUAACCAUCAGUCUGAACAAACGCUGUGUGUGGUGUGUAUGAGUGAUUUUGAGUCCCGCCAACUGCUGCGAGUCUUGCCCUGCAGCCACGAGUUCCAUGGGAAAUGUGUCGACAAGUGGCUCAGGGCCAACAGGACGUGUCCCAUUUGUCGGGCCGACGCCUCAGAGGUCCAGAGAGACUCAGAGUGACCACAGGAGGGAGCCAGAUUCUCCCAAUUGUCUGUCAAACACGUUCAGCACUACCUGCUCCUGAUAUAUUGAUACACAUGUAUGUGCUUACACACACGCAUACACCACUUCCUUGUGUUUUUGUGCAGCACAUUCUGCUACUUUGUUAUCCUUUCAAUCUUUAUCCCUUCUCCCUUAUUUUUGAUCUGAUCAGAUUCCCUCUUCAGCAGUUAUUUUACUGUCUGUUCACAUUAAUGCAAGCUGUCACAUCUUUUUAGUGAAUUUCACCCUGCCUGACCACUAUUCUGCUGUGGUGUGGAUCUGUGUGUGGGUGUGUGUACACGUGCAUGCACCUCAACUGUGCAAGCGUUGUUUGGUCAGCCCUGUAAUGCUGGUGUGUGUGUGUGUGAGAGAGAUUUUUAGAUGUCCUGGAGCAUGCCUGAGUUUCUGUUGUGUAUCAGACAAGGGUAACGACGAGAGUGUUUUUGCUCUCAUGAGUGACUGACUUUACUUCCUGUUUGUACGUUUUAUGCACUGUCCGUCUGUAUGCAUACUCUGUGUGUAUGUACGUUAUAGACUUAAAUCCUUUUUUUCUAGUUUGACAGUAAGGGUCCAUGCUGCCACUAUAUUUCUCGGUUGCCUGUUUGAUCCAUUUGUUUUAGUAGAUUAUUAUUAUUAUUAUUAUUAUUAUUACUCAACCAUUAUAAGUGAUUGUUUUCCUGCCUGGCAGUUACCUCAUCAUUCCGGUUUUGCUCAUCUUUCAUUACAAACGCUUCACAGUACUACUUUGAAAUUAAGCACAUUAUAUUUUUUUCUUCUCCUUUUCUUUUCUUAGUAAAAAUAAUUUUGUCUGAAUUUUGCGAUGGCACAUGUGUUACAUAUAUACAUAUAUCUAUAUAUACUGUAUAAAUCUAUGAAUAUCUGUAUACCAAAUAAAAUGCUUGAUAUGAACUUUUUAAA